CUGACUCCCCCAUGGGGAGAUGUACGGGCUUGCCGCGCCUAGGACUUAAGGGUCAAGCGGUCGGGCAGUAUGGUAGACGACGUCGGGAGGAUCGUUUCCUCUCCUGCCCUUCUCGUUGUUACUUCUUAUGUAUAGUUUCUCGCUACUUUCUGCGAUCUCAACCAUCACUUCCGCCUUCACCCGCUGGACGCGAGCUACGUCGUUGUUCCUGUUGGGCUACAACCUCGACACCUCCAAAAGCGAAAUGGACGCUGUGAUCCUGGAGAGACAGCCGGACGGUGGUGCCGCCGCUGCUGGCGAUGCCAAUGGCGCGGCCGCAGGCCAGGUUCAGGGCGCGGCGCAGACCGGCGCGGCCGCUGUUGCGGCUGCGCCUGGCGCUGCAGGCGCGGGGACGUCCACCCAGGGCGUGCCCUACGUGCCACAGCCUGGCCAGCACGCGACCCUGCCGCCCGUCAUCACACCCCAGGUGCAGUUCCAGCAGGCUGUGGGUGCGGAGUUGCAUACGCAGCUUCCGGCCUACCCGAACGCCGAAGUCACCAACCUGGUGAACACGCUGGGCCGUGGUCUGCUGGCGGGUCUGAUGGAACCCCUGAAGCAGGCAGUUCAGGCGGAAGUCGCUCCGAUCCGGGGUGCUUUCGACAGCUUGAAGCGCACGGUGCAGCAGCGCGAUGGCGGUGUCGACCACCUGGAGCAGCGACUCUUCUCCCUUGUGGGCGUCCUCCGUGAGGUGGGCUCCAAGCGCCUCUCACACCGCAUGGUGGAGAGCGGGCUGGCUGGCCGAUUCUCGGAGGACGGUGGCAGCGCCCCGGCGACUGCUCCCGCCACCGGCAACAACUCGCGCGGCAACAGUACCAGCCCUGCGUCGGCGACGCCGGCGGCCGCCGCCACCAUGGAGGUGGAUGGCGGCGCGGGCGCACAACAGCCGCAGGCGCAGCAGCAGCCGCACGUGCAGCAGCAGCCGCAGGCGCAGCAGCAACCGCAGGUGCAGCAGCAGCCGGCGGGCGCUGCGGGUGCCACGGCGGCCGCGGACGGUGCCGUCACGACGGCCGGAGCCAACGCCGGGCCUGGGCCUUCGGGCGCCAACCCGCGCAGCACCCAGCCGCCGCCAGCUGCAGCUGAACCGAUGGACGCGGAGGACCCCAUGUCGGAGGCCCUGGAUGCCUCCCGGGUGUCCUUCCUUGAGGAGCUGGCCGAUGAGUAUAUCGGCAAGCACUACCCCAACUUCGUCAACGCCCCACAUCAGUUUCGGGCGCCGUUCAAGGCGUUUCUCGUCUCUAUCUUAAGUUAUGCGUAUGAAGCUCGCACACGGGUCGGGUCAAACCUCUACCUGAUGGAUGAGCUCGCCGAAAUGGCGAAGGGUUCGGCGGAAUCGUCGGAGAAGAUUGCAGACCGCAUUGCGAAGCGGCUGCAGAACAAGUCGCCGGUAGUCAAGUAUAAGGCGCUGCGCCUCAUUCGCCACAUCGUGAACAAAGGCUGCGGCCAAUUCCAGCGGACCAUGCAGCGACAUGCCAACCUGGUCAGGGACCACGUGCACUUCAAGGGCGAGCCCGACCCCUUCAAGGGCGACGUGCCCAACCAGCGCGUGCGGGACAGCGCCCAGGAGGCCGCGGAGAGCCUGUUCAACACAGUCAUGGCGGCACCGGUCACCAGCCUGGGGAGCCGCAUCCAGGGCUUUGGCAGCGGCGCGGCGCCGGCACCAUCCGCCUCCAGCAACAGCUCGCACUCUGGAGGGCCCCCGGCAGCCGACCGCGGCGUUGCCUCCGCGUCCUCGGGCUUGCGCAUGGUCGGCUUCGGCAGCGGCGGCGGCUACACGGCCCCCGCCGUGCCCAAUGGCGGCGGCGGCGGUGGCGCCUUCGGUGGCCAGCGGCAACCCAUGAACCAGCGGCUCACCAUGGGUUACAGCAACGACUACGCCCCGGCCGCGGGCGGUGGCGGCGGGACUGGCGGCGGGGCUGGCGGCGGCGGCGGCUACGGCGCGGGUGCGGGCAGCGGCAGCGGUCAGGGCUACACGGCUCCCGCGGUGGCGGCCUCGGAGGUGCUGGGGUCGGAGGACGAGCUGGUGGAGGGCGUGUGCACACACAACAGCGGCCUGCGGCUGGCUCCUGACCCCGAGGACCUGCGGCGCUUCGUGGAGGCGGUGGGCAGCCUGGACGGACUGCGGGUGGCGGAGCUGCUGCGAGACAAGAUGACCGGGCCGGCGCAGUGGCAGCAGCUGCUGCGGGCGCUGUAUGCGCUUGAGGCCGUGCUGCAGCAGGGCGUGUCGCAGGCAUGUGGCGAGGUGGCCGUCAUGUUCCAGAGCGACCCCGGACCGGUGCAGACGGCGGCCUCGCACCCGCAGGUGGCUGUGCGCGAGCGCGCAGCCAAGGUUUUGAAGCUGCUGCUCGGCGACAGCGCAGCCGCGGCGGCACCAGCCGCGCCCGCGCCGGCCGGCACCCGCCCCGCAGCCCAGCCUCAGCCCAAGCAGCAGGCUGCGGACCUGCUGGGUGGACUGGACAUGCUUGGUGGGCCGGCGCCGUCCGCCGGCGGCGCGGGCUACGGCGGCCAACAGCAUUACCAGUACGGGCAACAGCAGCAGCAGCAGUACGGACAGCAGCAGCAGGCGGCUACUGGGGUGGCGCUGCAGGGCCAGCAGCGGCUGGCGUCCGGGGACAUGUUCAACGGACUGGCCAUGCCCGGCGGGGAGGAGCAGGUGCCGCAGGCCUUCAACGCGCUGGGCGCCCAGGGCAACAACCAGGCGCACGGCUACGGGCAGCAGCCCCAGCAGCAACGGCCGCCGCAGCCGCAGGACCCCUUCGGCCUCGACGUCGCGGGCGGCCAUGCUGCCCCGCAUGCCCAUUCCAGCCACCCGUACCCGCCCCAACAGCAGCAGCAGCAGCAGCAGAGACCCCAGCAGCAGCAACAGCAGCAGCAGCAGCAGCAGCAGCAGGCGGCCGCAGGGGGCUCUCGUGCCGCGCCCCUAGACGACUUGUUCUCAGACAUGAGCCUGGGCGGCGGCGGCGCCCGCCCCGCGCCCGUCAGUACCAUGCCCAAGGCCGGCGCCGGCAUGGGCGCUGGCGGCUACGGCGGCGGCCCAGGGGGCAUGGGUGGCGGGUACGGCGGCUCGGGCGGCGGCUUGGGCGGUGGGUACGGCGGCGGGCUCGGGGGCAUGGGUGGAGGGUACGGUGGCGGCAUGGGGGGCGCCAGCGGCGGCGCCACGCCCACUGGUGCGGCCUCGGGCAACACCACGCCCGGCUUUGGGCUGCUGGGCGGCGGCAGCAAGGCGGGCAGCCAUGUGGACUUGCUGGCUGUGGGCGGCGGCGGCGGCGGGGUGAGCGGUGUGGCUGGCGGGUACGUGCCCAUCGGCUCGGCGCCCGUGUCCACACACGGCUCGUCGGCGGCACUGAUACAGGGCUCGGCGCCUGGCAGCGGCCUCACCACGCCCACAUACGCCGGCAUGAGCGGGGCCGGCGCACACGCGGGCGGCAGCGGCGCGCCUCCUCCCAUGGGCGGUGGCAUGGGGUACCAGCAGCAGUACCAACAGCAGCAGUACCAACAGCCGCAAUACCAGCAGCCACCGCAGCAGCAGUACCAGCAGCACCAACAGCAGUACCAGCCGCAGCACCAGCACCAGUACCAGCAGGCGCCGGGCAUGUCGUCAGCAUCGCCGCAGCGGCCAGGCGGCGCCGCGGCCACCGGCGACCUGCUCGGGGGCGGCUUUGGCGACCUGUUGGGUGGCGGCGGCGGCGGUGUUGUGUCAUCAGGGCCUGCCGGCAUCUCGGGCGGUGGCCCCGGGUACGGCGCGCCCUCGGCCGGGCUCGGGAAUGUGGGCGGCGGAGCUGCAUACGGGGCAGGCAUGGGUGGCGGAGGCAUGGGCGGCCCAGGCGGCAUGAUGGUGGGUCCGGGCGGCAAGGUGCAGUAUGUGGGCGCUGCGCCCGGCUUGUCGAAUGCGGCUGGGCCCAGCGGUAUGGGCAUGGGCGCGGGGCCGGGCGGCGCCAACCCCGGGUCUUGGCAGCACCAGCCCUACCAGCAGCACGCCCAGCCGCCGCAGCAGCAGCACGGACACGGGCAGUUGGGCCACGGUCCUGCUGGUGGCGUGGGCGCGGGCGCGGGGCAGAAGGCCCAUGACCCCUUUGCAGGCCUGGGCUUUUGACGGCAGUGCAUGGCCGCGUGUGAUCAACGGACCAACGUCGCCUGGCGUGAUGGUAAAUGAUGGUUGCUGGUGGUUUUAGCAGCUGAGGGUCAGGUGAUGCGGUUUUUGAGUGUCGGGUUGGAUUGCACCAAGCAUACAGGCAUACUUGGAUGUCGCGGAUAAAGCAGGAUUUGAUGCGCCCGGGCCGUGAUGAUCGCAAGCCUUUUUGCAGACCUCCAACACAUGCUAAAUAACGGCUCGGCACGAGCAAAUGCAUUAGCUCCAGCUUGCAACGAAGCUUCCAUCAGCCGACGUGGCAGGAAAGGUCUCGCAGGAGUUAUCACUGGCUGCGGCGAGCAUUCCAGCAUCACAAGUGACUUACUUGAGCAGUUCUGGCUUGUCGGGACGCCCGGUCAAGCGGAUAGUCAACCCGCGCAGGCAUUCGACUCGCCGGUAUGAGCGCUUGCGGAGCUUCCACGAGCAGCAGUGCCGCUCAAAAUGGUGAUAACGAUGGCCGAAUAUGGCCCUUGCUACCGAUGGAGCUCGCAGAACGCAUUGUGGCGUUCCUGCCUGGCAACGAGACCGCCCUCGUCGUCCGGCUGCUCAACCGGGCCGCUGCCCGGCACUUCAGGGGCCCGGCCUACACCACCGUGCGCAUGUCGCAGCCCGUGCCACCCACCGAGUUCGCACGGCGCUGGGGUGUGCCAGGCGCCACGCGGCCGCUGAGUUUGAAGCUGCGGCGCAAACUGAUCUGCCUGGCCGCGUCCAGUGGCGUGGUGGCGUGGUGGCGAAAUUAGGAUACCCAACGUGUACGGCGCCC